AAAAAAAUGCUUUCAACUGUGAAUAACAAUGAUGAUAUAAUCGAGAAAUGAACAUACUCCUAUAAAUAAAAAUGUUCUGUCCUAUUCCUACUCACUUUCCCAAUUUCUGUCGAGCACUAAACACUAACAAUGAGUCUACAACCAUUUCAAAAUCAACUAGUUUAUCCUUCUCCAGUCCAUUUUCAAUCUUCACAUCCGACUUAUUCUUAUUAUCUACCAUUCACGUCAUUACCAGAAGAAAUUAAUCCUCUGUUCAAUACAUCGUCCUCAUUUUCAUCUGGCUAUGAUAGUCUACACACAAGUUGUGAACAGUGUUUAUCACCCAUAUUCUCACAAAACGAUCGAAAGGCUUGUUAUUUUUCAACACCUCAAUCCUGUUUGUAUCCUUCAAUUUUGAAUUCAACAGAACAUUUGACUACGAGUGACUACGAUAAUUCAAGUUCAUCGCCAAUCAAAAGAACAAAAUAUUCAAAAUUAACUCUAAUUGAUCAACGUCACGCGGCUAAUAACCGUGAACGAAAACGGAUGGAAACAUUAAAUGAAGCAUUUGACCAUUUGAAAGAUUUAUUACCAAUACAAGUUGGUAAAAAACGACGAAGAAUGUCAAGAAUGGAUAUUGUUAGUGGAGCGAUCGCUUAUAUUCAACAACUACAAAAAUUAGUUGUCGAUAAUUAG